AUGGCAGUUUUGGUGAAAACUUGUUGCUGUGGCUGCAGCCUUCGUAGCGGUGUUGUGAUUCUCGGAAUAAUUGGCUUGGUAAGUUCCGGCUGUUAUUAAUCGUCUAACCAUCUGAAAUAUCCUUCUGCUUUUCAUACCCUAGUAAUAGCCUGAGUAAUAGUAGUACUUAAUUGAACGAUUUUAGCUAUUUCGUAAAAACCGAGAACUUUAGUUCCGCGAAGAUUGAUACUUAGAGCAAAGAUUAACCACGUGGAAUUUGUUAAGUCGCGUUGAUCAUGAAUAACUACACGAAUUUAAGUGCACGAUUUCCAAAACGUUUUUCCGGUCAAAAACGGCUUUUACCAGUAAAAUUCCGUAGGAAAAAAAAAACUAUCUACGUUAACGCUGAGACAUAUGCGCAUUCUGAAAUUUCAGGACGAGCAACUGCAAACUUCAUAACUGUUAUUCGGUCAAAAACGAGCAUUCAAGCACAAAUUGUCUUACGGUAAAAUUAGAUAUUGCAACCGAAACUUAUAUUUUGAAGUAAAGAGAUAAUUUUCGCCGGUCGCCUGCUGAUAAAGAAAUCGCAGACUGAACAUAGAAGCCUGAAAAACUGCGCGUAGUAUUGAAGGGAGACUCGAUCCGUGCAUGAUAUUUGCAACUAACGAAACGGAACUCUUUGCACUUCGAGCUCACUCUUCGAGAAUUCGAGAUGCUCCUCUAUUACGAAAGGAUUUUCAACAGCGAUUGUACUAAUUUUAAUUAUUUUCAAAAAUUUCAAGAAGAGAAGCCGGAAAAAAAUGACAUCACACACGAUUCGAAACAGCACUUUCAGUUUCCAGGUUAGGAGCGUAACCAAUGAAUUACUCGUUAUGAAAAAGGAAUUGGCCAAUAGUUGGUAAACAGCACGUCCUAUCGUGACAUAGAUGAUAUUUAUUCGAUGGAUGAUUUCUAGGGGCAUAUUUCGAAUGAAAAUUACUAACGGGAAAAAUACUAACGGGUUUUCGGAUUUGAUAUCCGAUGCGGUUUUCGGUUUUUCCAAUCAGACCUAUUUGGGUUCCGGUUUCUCUUCGAUCUGAGCGGAAAUUACGCGCCUCCACUGAUCUCGAAUCGCCGCUAAACGCAAAUGUUAUCUAGGGGAAUGCGUGACAAACCAACUGAAAUAUCGCAGGGAUCCCUAGGUAGCCUACGUGUAGCCGUACCUUCCCCCUCCCCUUAGGUGGGGGGGGGGGGAGGAGAGGGUACGGCUAAGCACAAAUCAUUGCUAGAGUUUCUUUAUCAACGCCACCUAUAAGUUCGUGAUCAAGUUACAGGCCGCACGCGACUGAUUUAUUCAACAUUCCGAUAGAAUCUCAAACUUUCAGGUCUUAGUUCGCAAAUGGAAAUGUUAGAUUAGGAAAUUUCUGAUGAAACUUUCUAGAACUAUAGCUUUUUGCGACUGCAAAAUUGCAAUGCUAUCGAGGACUUUUGUGCGAAUUUUCCUUAAUUUAACUAGGCUCCAUUAUCAGCUGCUGAGUCCGCAGAAACUACGCUCGAGGUCCUCGAGAGCGCAGCUGUUAAUUUAAGCAGAUAAUAGAAAAUACGAAUGUCAAGUCCAUGGUAUUCAUAAAUCCUGUCAUGAAAUUAGCUAGUGUAGUUUAUUCUGUAUGCUCCACUUGUCACCACUGUAUCGGAUCGCUCAGGGUUUUAAUAACUGGGAUGUGAGAAGUUUCGAUCUUGAGAGUUUUGCACGCGGUUUUCGGAUUUGAUUGGAUUUUUUUUUUCGGUUUUUUCGGUUUUUCUCUACGGUUUUGCUGUUUCUAAUGGAUCCCAAUUGCCCCCCCCCCACCUCUUUUAUUACCAGUAUAUCCCUCAAUCGCUUUAGAAAAGUCUCUGUGACUGAAGGAAAUAAUUAAAUAUAUAAUUCUAUCUUACUAUUUUCUAUUUCCUUGUGCCUGAGGAGCUUAGGGACCACAAAUAACACGAACAAUAAUCUGGAACAUUUUCCGCGAUACACACUGGGGUUAGAUGUUAAGGCUUCGCAUUGAUCGGUGCACAAUAUUUGCAGUGCAAGUGUGUUUUAAUGUUUGAAACAUAACUUUGCCUCUCCCUUCCUCAUCACAAGUGACUGAACGUAGUAUGAAAUUCAAACCUUCUUCACAAGAUCUGCUGAUUAAUUCCAAAGAAAGCAGUUUAUAUUUGCUGAAAUAUAUCAAAUCUGAUCUGUAGUUGUAUUUCUGUUUGUAUUUCAGCUUGGAUCAGCAUAUUCAAUUUAUCAACAAAGCAAUUCUUUCAAAGUUUACAAGUAUUUGGAGGAAAACGCCGACGAAUUCGAACUCAGCCAAAAUUUGCCUUUCAGCAAAAGGUGUUUCGUGGGUAUUACUGUUUACUUUUGUCUUGUUCCAUAAAAUCUGUAAGAAAGAACACGUGAUUAGGACGAAAAUAUUUUCAUUUGUGAGAUUAAUCGUUGAAUUGUGUAGGUUUUUUAUUGCCUUAAACAUAAAUUUUACAUUGGUUCGUGAUCUUGUAUGAAAAUGAAAGUUCAAAUAGCAUUCUUAUAAAAUGUCCAAACCUUUUCCCGUUAAACGUGCCGUUCCAGUUAAGUUUCUCGCUCAUUUUCUGAUUAUCUAUUGACUGAUUAAUUGAUUGAUUACUUUUUUUUAUGAUCACACCUGAAUGAAGCGAUUGCAGCUUGGGUUAUGUUUACCACGCAUUCAAAGUCAUCUCACUAUUAAUGAACCUGUUGCUUCUGGGAUCCAGCUCAGUAAGUCCAACACACUACUUCUAUGAACGUAAUUUUAGCCUGUAACUAAAAAUAAGUUGAGAAGAUAAAAGAUUAUGAUAAAAUUUGUUUCAGAGGUUGAUAAUAAUUCUUCUUUUAGAAAUUUAAAACUUGUCGGUUGAUCAAUAGUCUCUAUUUUGUGCCAAAACGUGUACGGAUAUUUGCAUUGGAGGCUGCUGUGUUUAUUAUCCUUCAAAAUAUUUUUGCAACUUGCAACCCACGGGAAAAUUUGUACGAACAGCUUACUGUUUGCUGCGUGGGAUGCUUACUUUUCAGUGCUCUUUGGUACGACUUUAUGAACAAACAAACCUCUCGUCUUGUAUUUUAGAUAAACGCUUUCAUAGUCCUAGAUGUAUGGUCUGAAAAAUGGGGAGUAUCACGAUCAUGUGAUGCGUUUAGACCAAUCGCGCGCCAGAAAAGCUUUGAUAGUAGUGUAUUGGAAUGACUAUUUCACAUUGACUCAACACUUUAAACACAAAAUGAAGAAAUAUUUAUAUGACUGCAGAACACAAAUCGUCAAAUUGGCGGCUUUCGCUUCAAAUUCGCCGAUUUACUUUUGUACGCGCCAUGGCAAACCAAGCAGUCGCAGCUUGGAGCGCUGACUUUUCAGUUAUUCAAUUGUUAGUUUACGUCACUGAUCAUCGUUCUUUCCCGUUAUAGGGUGAAAAGCGUUUGGCAUAUCCUUGGCUUGGGUGGAGCAUCUUCGAGCUCUUUUUCAAUUUUGGAGCGACGAUAUCUUAUAUUGCCAUCUGGAACGGGGUAAAUUGAAACAACCUUUUCUUUUUUUUUUUAAUCAAAUACUAGUAGAGAGUUUUUCAACGAACUUAACAUGAUUUCUGUAUCCUUCGAUAUUAUAGUUUCCCGCCUUUUCAAUUAUUUACAUCACUGGAUGGUUGCUGUCGGUAUGUUCUGUUUAAUUCAUACAGCAAUUUCUAUUUGAGAGUAGAGAAACUCACGCCACUAACAAAUCAGACGCAAAAUUAAAACCAAUCACAACUUGGUCGCCGGCGUUUUCCCGCGCUUAAGUCACUCUAGCUGUUUUUACUUUGAAUUCUCGCUGUCUCUCCAAGGUGUUUUUCUUUCUUUUUCUGAUUGGCUGUCGAGAUUACUUAAUUUUGGUCUCAUCACACUCAGUCGAAAAGCGCUGUAUUAACCAGUUACUCUUAAAUUGAUGGUGGCCCGGGGCUGAACUCGUUGCUUCCCUUUUUUUCUCCCAAGAUUUACUUCAUCGUCGCGGUGUAUUCGUACAUCGAAGCCCUUCGCGAAGAUCCUUCGGGAACGAGUGCAGGAUUUUCCCCCCCUUUGACAAGUGUUAACCAAACCCAGAUGGUAAUUACAUUUCCAUUGUUUUAA